UUCCUCAUGGCUCUAUCCCCUGCGCCUCCAUUGCCUCCCCUCGGCCCUUCCUCCUCCCCUCCCAAACGGCUGCGUGCUACCCUAGUCACCUGCUAAAACCUUCUCCACUGUCCGCACGCGAGCGCUCAUAAACACCAAACAGGCCCAGCCCAAGAGCACGCGCGCCAGCCGGGCUUGGGGUGCAGAAGGAUUCGGGAGGCGGCGGCGGCGGCGGAUUGACCCGAGAUUCCCGGCGAGAUGAAGUACGUGCUGGUCACUGGUGGUGUUGUUAGCGGCCUCGGCAAGGGUGUCACGGCCAGCAGCAUCGGCGUCGUCCUCAAGGCGUGCGGUCUUCGCAUUACGUCCAUCAAGAUCGAUCCUUACCUCAACACUGAUGCUGGGACUAUGUCCCCGUUUGAACACGGUGAAGUGUUUGUGUUAGAUGAUGGUGGUGAGGUGGACUUGGAUCUUGGGAAUUAUGAGAGGUUUCUUGAUAUUAAACUCACCCGGGACAAUAAUAUAACUACUGGAAAGAUCUACCAGUCUGUUAUUGACAAGGAGAGGAAAGGGGAAUACUUGGGAAAGACUGUGCAGGUUGUGCCACACAUUACAAAUGCCAUACAAGACUGGAUCGAGCGUGUUGCUAUGAUACCGGUGGACGGCAUGGACGGACCAGCUGAUGUCUGUGUGAUCGAACUCGGCGGAACAAUUGGUGAUAUCGAAUCUAUGCCAUUUAUUGAAGCUUUGGGUCAAUUCUCGUAUCGUGUUGGACCUGGUAACUUCUGUCUGGUGCAUGUCAGUCUUGUUCCAGUUCUGAAUGUUGUUGGUGAACAGAAAACCAAGCCGACUCAACACAGUGUGCGUGGUUUAAGGGGACUUGGCCUCACCCCAAAUAUUUUAGCUUGUCGCAGUACAAAAGAACUGGAAGAAAAUGUGAAAGAGAAACUGUCUCAGUUUUGCCAUGUGCCGGCAGCAAACAUUCUCACUCUGUAUGAUGUUUCCAAUAUUUGGCGCAUUCCUUUGUUGCUACGGGACCAAAAGGCGCAUGAAGCUAUUCUUAAAGUUCUGAACCUUGAAAGCUUUCCUCGUGAGCCAAAGUUGGACGAAUGGGUUGCAAGAGCUACUAUGUUUGACACCCUUCAGGAUACUCUACACAUUGCUAUGGUUGGGAAGUACACUGGUCUAUCUGAUUCCUACCUCUCCGUGUUGAAGGCCCUCUUGCAUGCUUCGGUUUAUUGCCACAGAAAGCUAGUUGUUGAUUGGGUUGCUUCUACAGAUCUUGAGGACUCUACCAGAAUUGAGGCACCUGAUGCUUACAAAGCAGCUUGGAAUUUACUGAAGAGUGCCGAUGGCAUUUUAGUACCUGGUGGCUUUGGGGACAGAGGUGUUCAAGGAAAAAUUCUGGCUGCUAAGUAUGCCCGUGAAAACAAUGUACCAUAUCUUGGUAUAUGUCUUGGAAUGCAGAUGGCUGUCGUAGAGUUUGCUAGGCAUGUCAUGAAUCUCCCUCAUGCGAACAGUACUGAAUUUGACCCCAAUGCCAAGACCCCAUGUGUUAUUUUUAUGCCUGAGGGUUCCAAAACACAUAUGGGUGGCACAAUGCGCCUAGGAUCAAGGAGGACAUUCUUCAAGGUUGCUGAUUGCAAGUCAGCUAAAUUGUAUGGCAACGUGGAUUAUGUCGAUGAGAGGCACCGGCACAGAUAUGAGGUGAAUCCUGAUAUGGUGCCAGAGUUUGAAAACGCUGGACUCAAGUUUGUUGGCAAAGAUGAGAGUGGCAGGAGAAUGGAGAUAAUCGAGAUACCCAGUCACCAGUAUUUCGUUGGAGCACAAUUUCAUCCUGAAUUCAAGUCAAGACCUGCGAAACCUUCUCCACUAUUUGUUGGGCUAAUUGCUGCCUCAUCUGGGCAAUUGGACAAGGUGCUGCAGGGUUGCUCCAAUGGCCAUGUGGUUCCUGCCAAACAUCAAUUUAGCAAUGGUCUAUACACGCUGGCUGCACACCAAAAUGCUGAUGUACACUCAAAUGGGCAUGCGAAGAAGCUUGCCAAUGGUCUAGCGAAUGGAAAAUACUAUCCGAAUGGGAAUGGUGUCCAUGCCUAGCUAGCUCAAGGAUGCUCUCACCCUUUUACAUUUUGCAGUUGUUGCAUCAGUUUUGUCGUGGCUGGCUAAGCUACCAUGGUCGCUCGAGGAAGAAAAAGUUCUGUACUCGAUGCGAUCUGUCUGCAGGGGAUUGUGCUCGUUCCGUGUUUUUUAGUGAAAGACCGAGCUGGAUCUGCGUCAGUGGUUUGCUUGUUCUUCUCUACCAAUUUCUGUAACAAGACAACAGAAGUGGGUAAGAAGAGUCCGUGCUGUAUAUCUGAAAAAGAAUAGGCUGAACGUUUUAAUUGUUUCGUGAGUUGGUGCUGAGAUGUAAGCGAAUUUGGGUGUUCCGCAGUUUGUAUUUGGACGCAGUUCUUGUGCUUUUGAACAAAUAAGUUAAUGCUUUGUAUGAUGUA